AUGGCCGCUCUGAACUGGACAAUGCUCGACGCAGGCCGACCAGUGCCGCUCCCAAGCGAGAAGUGGCUCUGGACCUCGUCGCCCAACUCCAUUGCCGUAACGCUCUUCCCACACCCGCCAGGCUCGCCGCUGAACAUACAGCCGAGGAAGGGCGAGGAGCUCAAGGCCAGCAGAGGCACCCUCUACGUCUCGCAGAAGCGGGUUGUUUACGUUGCGGAGGGCGCAUCCUCGGCCGGAGGUGGGGUGGGUCAGGCAGGAUCGUCGAGCAUGGCAGCUGAAGCGACAGGCAGCUUGGCGAACGGACAGGCGAGCAUCGCACCCGGUGGACUGCCUCAGGACGCGGCGAAGAAGGUCCCACUGCAGUCGCUCUCGGUUCCCCUUCGCUACUUUGUCGAUGGCCGCUUCGUCCAGCCGUGGUUCAGCACGACAUACUACGAAGCGUUGUGUUUGGAGGGCGACAAGUCGGGCGGACUCGAGCUACCACAUCUCGUGCGCUUCUACUUCAAGGAGAGCGGCGGCUACGACUUCUGGACAACCGUGGAGGAGGUCAAGUCGCGGGCCGAGUUGACGACGAGAAGAGGAGGACCGCCGGUGGAGCCGCUCCCUCUCUACUCUCCUCCGCCUUCGACCUCUGCCUCUUCCGCCGUUCCGGAUCAUCCCACCCAGCCCUCCGAUACCGACCUUCUUGCUGCGCAAGUUGCACAAGAUGCAGAAGAUGCGGAGGAAGCACAAGCAGAGGCUCGCUGCGAGACUGGGGCCGGUCGACCGCCGCCCGUACCUGCACGGGACGAGGCGCCGCCCGCUUACCAGGCUUGA